GCCGAGUCCACUUAUGAUACUUCAACCAAGCCAUCAUUUCAACAAUAGCUAGCUAGACGAGUAGAAGUAUAAAGGAAGACAGGAAAAAACAUGGCUUCCAGAGCUGCCUACAAGAUGAAAGAGUUCUUGGAGGUCAUCUCCCUGCAAGAACAGCUCAACUUUCACGAGCUCAAACGCCAGCGGCAACCGUCUGCCUCUCAGGCUGGCGGCGGCGGCGCUCAGGCCGCCAGUAGUCUGAGCGAGGCCUUUGAGGCAUUUGAUAUCCAGCAACGGAUGGCAGCCCUCCAAAAAAAGGUGGGUGAACGACAAUCUCCCUCUGUUUUUGAGAUGUUUGGUGGUGAGCUUUUCCACACUGAGCCUAAUCCGCCGUCUACCGGUUAUGCCUCCUCUACUCCGGUGACUUUUCACGGCGGAUCAGAAGAAGCUUCCACCGCUGCCGCCGCCGCAUAUGGAGGAGGGGAACCCUUCGGAAAUGAGGGUAGGAGAUGGACCAGAACAGCAUGAAGUUAGAGCUGGGAAGCAUGGCCGGAUCAAUAUUCAAAUGGAUCAAAUGCACUGUUUAGUUAAACAGACUUAUUUUAUGUUUUUGUUUUUAUUAUUCUCAUCAUCAUCAUUAUCAUAUCUUCGUAUCCUGUAUCAAGUUAAGGGGUUUUAUUUGAAUCGCUAUCAUUAGUGAUCAGAUCCUUCAUGUCAGGUUUUCAUAAUUGUUUUUUGAAAUUUUCCGAGGUUAUUAAACAAUUAAUAAUGAUAAUGCAAUAUUGACUUAUAAUGAACCGGUUGAAUCACACAAUUAAG